AUGAGCACUGCUGCUCCCCCUGCAGCCGUCCCCGCAGCCGCCGGUGAAGAAGUGGCUACUGCACCUGCAUCAUCGGAAGCAACAGCAGCUCCCUCGACGAGGAAGCAUAGGAACCCGAGCCUGUACGCCAACGUACCUGCAGCUGAGAUAAUUGACUCGCUCCCCCUGGAGACGCGGCUCUUGGUGCGCCGUCGGCAGUAUGGAGGCUUCUGGCAAGCUGAGUUCCUACUCAAGGGCAUGGCUGCCGCUGGCACAUGCUUCGAGCCAGAAGCAUCGGACAUCUUCCUCGCCAGCUUACCCAAGUCCGGCACCACCUGGCUCAAGGCCCUUGCCUUCGCCACGCUCAACCGUGCCACACACUCGCCGUCCGACGGCCAACACCCGCUCAACCACCGGAACCCGCACGACUGUGUCGGCUUCCUGGAGUUCAGGAUCAUCCAGCAGCAGCAGCAGCACGACGACGCCGGUGCAAGGGGUUUGUAUGAGGCCCUCCCUUCUUCUCCACGGCUGUUUGCAACACACCUUCCCUACUCCCAGCUUCCCCAUGCCAUCACGGACGAGGGUUCCCGGUGCCGGAUCGUGUACGUAUGCCGGGAUCCCAAGGACGUGCUCAUCUCCUACUGGAACUUCUACAAGAAGGUGGCAGCGACGGCAGCCGCCACUGCCGGUGGCGACGGCGACGGCCAGGACUCUGCAGGCGUGACCAAAUUCGAGGAGGUUUUUGAGCUCUUCUGUGAGGGACGGUUCCCCGGAGGGCCACACUGGCUGCAUGCCCUAGAAUACUGGCACGCGAGCCAGAGGAGGCCGGACCAGGUGCUGUUCCUCAGGUACGAAGACAUGCUGGGAGAUCCGGUGGGUAACCUCAAGAAGCUAGCAGCGUUCAUGGGGUGCACCUUCUCUGAGGAGGACGAGGAGGAUGGGGUGGUGGAUCAGAUCGUGGAGCUGUGCAGCUUGGAGAAUCUCAAGAGCAAGGACGUCAACAAGAACGGGAGUACGCGGCUGGGCAUCAAGAGUGAGUCAUUCUUCAGGAAGGGGCAGGUCGGCGACUGGAAAAACUACAUGACCAUGGACAUGGCGGCGAGGCUGGAUAAGAUUGUUGAGGAGGCCACCCGAGGUUCUGGGCUCACCUUUGGGGACUCCUCACUCCUCGGUCGAGGUUAA